UCAAAGUCAUUCAAGCUGUACUCGCCGAAGGAGCCCCCGAACGGCAACGCCUUCCCUCCUUUCCAUCCCGGCACCAUGCUAGAUCGGGAUGUGGGCCCAACUCCCAUGUACCCGCCUACGUAUCUGGAGCCCGGGAUUGGGAGGCACACACCAUAUGGCAACCAAACUGACUACAGAAUAUUCGAGCUUAACAAACGGCUUCAAAACUGGACAGAGGAGUGUGACAAUCUCUGGUGGGAUGCUUUCACAACUGAGUUCUUUGAGGAUGAUGCCAUGUUAACCAUCACUUUCUGCCUGGAGGAUGGACCAAAGAGAUACACCAUUGGCCGGACCUUGAUCCCACGCUAUUUCCGCAGCAUCUUUGAAGGGGGUGCUACGGAACUGUACUAUGUGCUUAAGCACCCCAAGGAGGCAUUCCACAGCAACUUUGUGUCCCUUGACUGUGACCAAGGCAGCAUGGUGACGCAGCAUGGCAAACCCAUGUUCACCCAGGUGUGUGUGGAGGGCCGGUUGUACCUAGAGUUCAUGUUUGACGACAUGAUGCGGAUAAAGACGUGGCACUUCAGCAUCCGGCAGCACCGAGAGCUCAUCCCCCGCAGCAUCCUUGCCAUGCAUGCCCAGGACCCCCAGAUGUUGGAUCAGCUCUCCAAAAAUAUCACCCGGUGUGGGUUGUCCAAUUCCACUCUCAACUACCUCCGACUCUGUGUGAUACUCGAGCCCAUGCAGGAGCUCAUGUCCCGCCACAAGACCUACAGCCUCAGCCCCCGUGACUGCCUCAAGACCUGCCUUUUCCAGAAGUGGCAGCGCAUGGUAGCACCCCCCGCGGAGCCCGCGCGGCAGCAGCCCAGCAAACGGCGGAAACGAAAGAUGUCAGGGGGCAGCACCAUGAGCUCGGGGGGUGGCAACACCAACAACAGCAACAGCAAGAAGAAAAGCCCAGCCAGCACCUUCGCCCUCUCCAGCCAGGUACCUGAUGUGAUGGUGGUGGGGGAGCCCACCCUGAUGGGCGGGGAGUUCGGGGACGAGGACGAGAGGCUCAUCACCCGGCUGGAGAACACCCAGUUUGACGCGGCCAACGGCAUUGACGACGAGGACAGCUUUAACAACUCCCCCGCCCUGGGCGCCAACAGCCCCUGGAACAGCAAGCCUCCAUCCAGCCAAGAAAGCAAAUCGGAGAACCCCACGUCACAGGCCUCCCAGUAA